UCUUUGUAGAAAAAAACACUUUUAAUUUUUUUUUAUUAAAUGAAAAUGAAAUUAAAACAUUAAAGCCAAGUUUACCAUAAAAUAAACACAGACAGCUGACCUUCACCAGGAAGACGUGCCUGGCUAAAACAUUUAAAGUGUUUAAAACGUUUUAGUUUUAUUUUAAUCUUUUUUUUUUCAACAAUUUUAGUAUAAAAUGUAAAUGUUUUUUAUUUAAUACUAUCAGUUUUAAAACUAACGUGUUAGCAAAACUAAAAAAAUCAAAACAAAAUGUUCAAAUUCUUCGCUUUGUGCUUGUUCGCUGUAAUUGCCUUGGCUGCCGCUAAACCCGGUAUUGUCGCUCCCUUGGCUUACUCUGCUCCCGUAGUAGCUGCCGCCCCCUACACUGCUGCUUAUACCGCCCCUUACACUGCCGCUUACACUGCUCCUUAUGCUGCUGCCUACUCCGCUUACUCUGCUUAUCCUUAUGUAGCUGCUCCUUAUACUGCUGCCUACUCUGCUUAUCCUUAUGCUGCUUCUUAUGUUUUGCGCAAAUAGAUUUUAUAUUUUAAAGAAGAAUUUGUUAAUAUUUAAUGUUAUUUGUUGAUUUUGAAAACGAUAAAAAAUGAAAAAACUAUAAAUGAAA